CACAUAUGUUAGAGAAAAGCAAGAAGCUGUGGUGAACAGUCAUACACUUCAGAUAUGGAAGUGUCCAGUGAUAGGCUUUUUUGCUGCAGUUGGCUGCGCCGCAGGGUUCCUAUAGCCCACAGAGAGGAACUGUACCACAUCCUGAGGAUGACAGGGCCUCUGCUGCUGUCUCGAAUUCUCAAUUACCUCCUGCCUUUUGUGAUCACAAUGUUCUGUGGGCGUCUGGGAAAUGAAGUAAUGGCUGGCUACGGACUGGCUUCUGCUACCAUUAACGUAACCACUGUAGCAACAGGGUACGGGCUGGGACUGGCGUGUGAUACCCUGGUAUCUCAGACGUUUGGAGGUAAGAAUCUGCUGCAGGUGGGAGUGAUACUUCAGAGGAGCAUCAUCAUCUUGCUCUUGUUCUGUCUGCCUUGCUGGGGGCUGCUCAUCAACGCACAACCCAUCCUCUUAUGUGUGGGGCAGGACCCUGAGGUGGCCAGAAUUGCCCAGCUCUAUAUAACAGCCUUCCUUCCUGCAGUGCCAGCAAUGUUUCUUCACAACCUUCAGGUGUCUUACCUGCAGAACCAGGGUAUAAUACUUCCACAACUCUACACAGCUGCAAUGGCAAAUGUAGCAAAUGUUGCCACAAACUAUCUCUUCCUUUACUGGAUGAAACUUGGAGUCAGUGGUUCUGCGGCAGCAAACACUUUGUCCCAGAUAUACAUCUGUUCCUUUCUUUUUGCUUACAUCUGGUGGAAGAAGCUGCAUGUAAAAACAUGGGAUGGCUGGUCUGUGGAAUCACUGCAGGAGUGGGGCUCAUACAUGAAACUGGCCAUUCCCAGUUCCUUAAUGAAGUGUUUUGAGUGGUGGGUUUAUGAACUUGGAGGAUUCCUUGCAGGAGUGCUGAGUGAGGAAGAGCUGGCAGCCCAACAUGCUGUGAUCAUGGUGACUUUCAUCACUUACAUGUUUCCACUGGGUGUUCAGGCUGCUACAUGUGCUAGGGUCGGGAAUGCUCUUGGUGCAGGAGACAGCGCCAGGGCCCUUCUGACCAGCAAGGUCUCACUCUGUCUUGCAGCUACCUUUGCGGUUGUGGAGGGUGUUGUGCUUGGAUGCUCCAAAUCGGUGAUUGGCUUAAUCUUCACCUCUGAUGAGAAGAUUGUAGGUUUGGUUUCCGAUAUGAUGAGUGUCUACUGUUUCCUUCAGUUCUUUGAUGCACUUGUAGGUGUGUGCACGGGCAUUUUCUUGGGAACAGGAAAGCAGAAGAUACCAGCAGUGGCAAACUUCAUUGGAUACUACUGCAUAGGGCUUACGCUGAGUGUCACUUUGAUGUUUGUUGCAAAACUAAGAGUUUUAGGUUUUUGGGUGGGACUUCUGGUCCCUACAUCCCCAGCCUUUUGUAGCUGUGAGAACACACCUGGCAGUCACAUCCCACUAUUAGAGGCUGUAAAACGAGCUCAGAAAGCCGUGCACAUGACUUUGUUAAACUCCUCUGGCUUCUCAGAAACUGAGCAAACUGCAGAUCAAACAGCCAGCAAUGACAAAGCAACAGACGGAUACAUUUCUGUCAAUACAGAGGGCCAGGAUGGAAACACGGAUCGACAAGGAGGCCAUGAUGUCCAGCAGCUGAAAGAAAGACAACUUUCCACCACCCAGCUGAUCAUCAGAAGAGGCCUUGCCAUGUUUGCUGCAGUUGCUCUUUUAGCUGUGGGAGCAGCUGUGCACUUCCUUGUUCCUUUGCCAGAGAUUCAGUCUGCAGAGGGCAACCAUACUGCUACUGACUGGAUCAAUGCAACAUACACUCCUGAUCCAAUUUUCUCCACCAUGUUGUUCCCUAAUGGACAGUCAAAGUGAGUCGAAGCUAACAUAAGCUGGUUUGACUCAGCUCUUUGUCAGCAUUGACUGUAAAGAUCAAGAUAAUGAUUAGGGAUGAUUUUUUUUUGUCAUUCCAGAGAAUACUCUCGCUUUCUGAGAUUAAAUCAUUAAUAAUCAUA